AGUUCCGCCGCGAAGUCCGUGGCUUCUCCUAGCAGUAAAAUAUCCUCGUCAUAUGUUCAGCCGUAUCAACGCCACGAUGAGCGCACGCCGUGUUUGGCUCCCUUGCAUACUCCUAGCGGCCACUGCAGGCGUGCUCACAGAACACACCACGGAAUAUCUGCAGCACGGAAAUUUUACGCCUUGGAAGUUCAUGUCUUCGCCGCAUAUAUAUCUCAUGAAAACCAACAUUUCUCUCGGCAAUUUCACAUGCAUAAGAGCCGCGACGAUGGAGAAGAACGAAUGCAACGAAACGAUGUCGCAGAAUAUUUCAGUUCUAAACUUCGUCUCGAAGACUUGGUAUGCGUUUAAUGCCAGCUACCACCCAAUAGGAGUUCUACCAGCUAAUACGUUCACUUCUGUUGACAACAUAAGAGAAUUUUAAAACAGAGGACAAGCUCACAAUUGAGUUCCAACGGAAGCACAUCUCACCGAGGCUCCAAUACCUAAAGGUAGGAGGCAGUGAGCGAUUUUCAAGCAGCAAGAAGGUUAAAAGGUUAACGGAACGGUUGCCGUCAACAGUAACCUCGUCGGGAACAUAGUAAACAGUUACGCAGUUACAAUGCUCGCACAAGCAACUGAAGGCACAGUUACUUCCUCCCCGGUAACUGCUGCCGCCGCUGCUGGCCCGUUCAAGACAAACGACGCCGCAGGUGCGUAUGCAAGCAAGAUCGCACUCCACAAGAAACCAUUCCUCGAAUUCCUACGCACGUUCGAGUGGAAGGAACCUGCUAGCGACCCCGAUCAGCAGUUUCUCGACAUCGGAUGCGGAACGGGGGAUGUCACCAGAGAGCACAUUCUGCCCAGGUGUCCGCCAUGCCGACGUAUCGUGGCCGUGGACUUCUCACCCAAAAUGCUUGAGUACGCCAAGGAACACUUUCCGCACCCACGCAUCGAAUACAAACUGCUGGACAUAGGUCACGACGUCGAGAAUUUCUUGACCGAACACGGAUCAUUUCAGCGGGUGUACAGCCUGAGGACAUUGCACUGGGCGAAGGACCAGGCCCGGGCAUUCUCUAACAUUGCGCGCCUGAUGGCACCAGGUGGAGAAUGCAUCCUGCUAUUUUUGGGUCGCUGCGAUACCUUCGAUUUUAUUCGUCGCAUGGCUCAGCUGGAGCCUUGGACGAAAUAUAGUCACGUGUUUGAAGAUGCUGUGCCAAAGACCCACGACAUCGCCGACGUGGCUAAGCUGAAAUCGUAUGUGGAGGACCUCGUAUCCUCAGCUGGUAUGACCCUGAUCACGCUGGACGUGUGGCAACGAAAAUCUUCAUUUUUGGACACGGAAAACGCUGUGGAAAUGUUCCUGAUGGCCAAUCCGGUGUUACCCAUUCUACCCGAAGAGGAGAAGGCGUCCUUUAUAGCAGACGCAAGGAAGCAUGUGCCCGCUUGGCGUGAGGCAUACGAAGAGAACAAUCCACUGCCAUUCGCCAGCUUCGUCGUGCAUGCCUCAAAGCCUUAGAGCCAAUUUUUCAGCCAGUUAUUACCAAUUGUUUACUUGCGCAAAGUAUAAAGCUAAUAAAGAGUGGGAACUUGUGAUACGAUGUUGUGUUAGAAUAUUAUGUCAUGGAAAGUGAUCCUCUGAAGAGCUCAGAUAAGAUUAUACUUCAGUUCACCAAGCCGUUUUGACACUACUUUAAGAGCCGUUAUCGAUGACUGAGGUUGCAGCAUCGGAAUAAAGGAAUUCAUUUAAGAGAG